ACUCCAUUACUUGGGUCUGAUGCAUCAAAGGGCUACCUCCUCAACAAGCACUAACAAAACAUGUUGUCUCAUUUGCUUAAGCGUUCACUCUCUCUCUCCCCCUCAAUUCAAUUUCAAUUUAAGGGGCUUUAUCUUUCUCUCUCUCUCUUCCCAGGUGUGAAGCUAAGAGGAACAGCUCGGCAGUCCAGAGAGGCGCUGUGUACUCAGGACGGUGAGGGUGUGAGGGUCGGCCCAGGCCAGGACCAGAGACUGGCUGUGAAAGGCCUAACCAGCCCCAUCCCCCCCAUGCAGUUCCCUGCCUUCGAGUGGACCAGACAGUCAGCUACCCCUGGCUCUAGGGAACAGGACAUGGGCUCCCUGCGCGUCACCAAGCGCCACAGGAAACUACUGAAAACCAGCCCUGUGGUCUCUAACAACUCCCACAACUCCUCCUCCUCCUCCUCCUCCUCCUCCUCCUCGGGUUCCCCGGACUCUCCUGAGGAGAGCUGGCAGUGGCACAGACUGUCCCACAUCCAGGAAGCUCGGCGGAGGCUGAUGAAGGAGGUCUGUGCCAAGUACAAGAGCAGUAUUUCCAGGACAAUCACACCUCACCACGUGUCCCGGAUCUAUGUGGAGGACAAGUACAAGCUGCUGUACUGCGAGGUGCCCAAGGCGGGCUGCUCCAACUGGAAGAGGAUCCUCAUGGUACUGUCUGGCCUGGCGUCAUCCACCCACGAGAUCAAACACGACGCCGUCCACUACGGCAACCACCUCAAGAGGCUGGACAGCUUUGACCGCCAGGGCAUCACGCGGCGCCUGGAGACCUACACCAAAGUCCUGUUUGUCCGCGAACCCCUGGAGAGGCUGGUGUCCGCCUUCAGGGACAAGUUUGAGAAUCCCAACACCUACUAUCAUCCUGUAUUCGGGAAGCCCAUCAUCUCCAAGUACAGGGUAAACGCCUCCAAGGUGGCCCUCAGGACGGGCAGCGGAGUGACCUUCCAAGAGUUCAUGCAGUAUCUGUUGGAUGUGCACAGGCCUGUGGGCAUGGACAUUCACUGGGAGCCUGCCAGCCAGCUCUGCAGCCCCUGUCUGCUGGACUACAACUUCAUCGGCAAGUUUGAGACCAUGGAGGAGGAGGCUAAUUUCUUACUACGUAGGACUGGUGCCCCACAUAACCUCACCUUCCCCAGUUUUAAAGACAGGAACCCCAAGGCUGAGAGGACUUCAACUCAUUUAACCCAUCGCUACUUUGCACAGCUCAGCACUUCAGAGAGACAGAGAGCUUAUGACUUUUAUUACAUGGACUACCUUAUGUUUAACUACUCCAAACCUUUUAAAGAUUUGUAUUGAUUGACUCUCUAAUCUCUAUUUGAGUCCUCAAAUCUCCCCUGGCUUUAAGUGGAGAAGUGCACCAUAAAAAUGACUUCCUUUUAAAAGUAUUACUAGAAGAUCAUCAUGUGAAAACAAUGCCUCGGUCAGGCAUGUCAAUGUGGUACUAAAUACCGAUGCCUAACUACAAAACAUUGAACUCACAAACAAUUUAUCACUGCACAGUCAGUGAUGUGAAAAGACAGUUCAAUGCUUUAAAAUGUGUUAAGUGAAGUGGUACCCACCUAUCAAUUUUGCACUUAGUGUAGCAAAUGUUUCAAAUUCUCCAAAAACAUUUUGACACAGACUGAGCAUUAGUCUGCCACACCUCUGCUGAAGAGUGUGCCUGGGCGGUCAUAUAGGAGACCAUCCCCCUUAAGAAUCCCUAAGUACUACUUUACCACACCAUCUCACUACCCUUUAGAAUACACAUCCGCAUCACUGUCAUCAAGGCUUUUUCUGACACUGAUGUUUAAAAACUGUACAAAGGGCAUUCAGAUGACUAUAUAUAUUUUUCUAUGUAUUUCUAUAAUGGAUAUAUUCAGUGCUUCUUUGUGGGGAUUUUCAUUUCUGAUAUCACUGAUUGUUAUGUCAGUAAUGAUAUGGUGAGUGUGUGUAGAGAAUAUCUGUCUAUAUUUAUGCCUCUUGGGUCCCCCUGUACAUCAGACCCUGGAAAACACGUCAAACUCAUUCCAUGGAGUGCCAAGUGUCUGUGGGUUUUUGCUCCUCCCUUGCACUUGACUGAUCAAUGAAGGUCAUUUAUUAGUUAGGAACUCCCCUCACCUGGUUGUCUAGGUCUUAAUUCAACACAAAUAUAAAGGGAAUAACAAAAACCAGCAUACACUCGACCCUCCGUGGAAUGAGUUUGACACCCCUGCUGUAAAACAAGCUGGUUAACACAUGGACACGUAGAAACUCCACUCCAAUCUUUCCCUUAUUCCCCAAUAUAUCACUGCAGUGUUAGAGAGAGCAGAACACUGACACCGUCUCUUAUACUGACACUGACAAAGUCACAAAGCAGCUUAUCCUCCCCAUCUCUGCCGGUGUGUGUGUGUGUGUGUGUGUGUGUGUGUGUGUGUGUGUGUGUGUGUGUGUGU